ACACCAACGGCUGCUACCUACAGUGAUCCGGCAUCGAGCAUGGAAACGUCCGCAUCUUCGCCUACAGGAGUCAUCGUCCAGCCUGGCAAGAAGAAAAGAACACCAACGAAUCCCAACAAUAUUUUCAAGCCCAGUUCGGACUCGACGACAGCGCGUAAUCUCUGUGGUAUUGAAUGGCAGGCUGAGCACAAGACAGGUACUAUUGCCGAGUUCGCCGCGUACUGGAACAGCCUUACGGCCGAGCAGAAGGAGUCCUAU